UUGGGCACAUCCGCCUCUGCGCCUCACGGAUGUCGUUGCAGUCUUCGUAGCAACAAUAUCAUCGACGUUCCUGGAGAAAUGAUGUUGACGGCGGGAGUCAUCCAGCCUCUGCGACAACUCUAGACCCACGCUCGCACCUGUCCCUGCGACGUCACACCAAUCGGGAAGCGAUCCGGCGAAACCCAAUGAGCACAUCGCCCACCCACGAGCAGUGCAGCAGCAGCAGCAGCGCAGUCACGAGGGACACGGAAGAUCUGCUCGACUACCUCAACUUUCUCGACGACUUCCCUCUGUACCCGCAACAGCCCGUCUUUGGCAACGUUGUGUCUUCCAGCUUCCCUUCCUACAACGCCGCUGCAUUCCUCGAACCGACCCCGCGAAUAGCCGUUGCUGCACCACACCCACCAGCUUGCCCGUUUCCUCCACCGCCAACACCGCCGACAACAGCAUACAGCACAUCAUUGGAGGUCCUCGGCCCGCACUCCGCCUACACAGCUCCAGCAUACCCGACAAAGGAAGGCGCGAGCCAGCUCUCGACAAAGAGAAAGCGCGCCCUGCAGGCUCAGGACGCGCAACCCUCUCCUCCCGCCAAACGCCCUUUCCCGAGCAGCAGCAGCAGCAGCAGCAGCAACAGCACGAUGGCAUUGAACCCGCACAAGCAAAACAAGGUCGACGUGAGCGUACGUCUUCGUCCAAUCUCCUUACCAGUCCAGCCGAACCUCGUCCCGGAUGUACUGAUACCGCUAUGCGAAUCACUGACCCCGUUCUGGCAGUCUCUCACCGAGGAGGAGCAGAAACUCUUCCGUCUCUAUGGCAAACUCCCCAACAAAAAGGAUCUGUUCAGCAAGAAGCUGCAGGAGCGAAAGUACUUUGACUCGGGCGACUAUGCCAUGAGCAAGGCCGGCAAGAGCGAUGGCGCGGGUUUGGGCGGAGGUCUAGGACGGGAGCAUCCGACACCGGAGAACAUUCCACACCUCUCUCAACAGCAAUCCGCAGGCACACCCACCAGCGAGAGCGGACCUCGAGCUUCCAUCUCUGGCGGUCCUACGUUGCAUCCCACCACCUCAUCUGGCAAUGGACAAAUGGCAGGCUCGCCAGUAAAGGAAGCCAGCCACCUCCACCGCGGAUCCAGUGUCGAUGAAGAGGAUGUGCCAGAAGAGGUCAAGGCUGCGAAGGGAACAGAGAACAGCGAGUCGUCUGCGAUUCCAAUACGGCAAUAGAAGUGUUGCCAGAAUGGGAGUGACAAAGAGCGGAGCGCUACGAUUCACACUUUUGUUCUUGGUAGUCGCGCGAAAUUGAGUCGCAUGUACCUGUAUGACGUGGUUGAUCACGAGACGGCAGAGACUGCAUUUCAGGGGCCUGGGAGAUGUUCGCACAAGAACCAUGAGAUAACGGAUGGGGGAUAUGCUCAAUGAGGAGUCCGGCGACUUUGUCAUCGAUUGACUGGGCUGUGCUGAGCCGAAUUGUUCGGGAGAGAAACUAUACUGACGGCGCAAGAGAGAGGGAAUAGCGCACGCACAGUUCAUGUCCUGUACGAACAAAUGUUUUAACGAGAUCAAUGAAUCGCCUUUUUCCCUCUUCGCAUGCUACCACUGUCUAAUCGACACUGGCUGGGAAUGGAUAUGAGACGAAGAGAAAGAGGUAUUGAUAAGUCAUCACAAGUCUUCGAUCGGCUAUCAUACAUAAAGAUCCAAUCUGAGACUCUAUGCCUCAUUUGCAGUCAUUUGCAGUCAUUAUCACGUUAAAAUGUCAAUUCUUAUCCGGCAGGCCCCUCUCGAGCCACUUUCACUCCAUCGCAGCCCCUCCGUUCACGUUUCCACUCUCAAUACUCGAUUCUCAACGAGUCCUCGGCCCCCUUCAUUCACCCUCGCCCCGACGCUCAAUCUGCCUUUCUUCCUCCACUAGGAGCAAGAGGCUCAACGUACCCGCCC